ACGGAACAGCCAGCCUAGCGGAAGUCGAUUCAAACGUCACGGAUUCGAGAUGGCUGCGUACAAGUUGGUUCUGAUCCGUCAUGGAGAGAGCUGCUGGAACCAGGAGAACCGCUUCUGCGGAUGGUUCGACGCGGACCUCAGUGAAACCGGGGAGCAGGAGGCGAAGAGAGGAGGACAGGCGUUAAAAGAUGCUGGCUAUGAGUUUGAUGUGUGCUACACCUCAGUCCUGAAGAGAGCCAUCCGGACUCUGUGGUUGGUCCUGGACGGGAUCGACCAGAUGUGGCUUCCUGUCCACCGCACCUGGCGCCUCAACGAGCGCCACUACGGAGGCCUGACGGGGCUCAACAAGGCAGAGACAGCGGAGAAGCACGGCGAGGCCCAGGUUAAGAUCUGGAGGAGGAGCUAUGACACCCCGCCUCCUCCCAUGGAGGAGGAGCACAACUUCUACAACAACAUCAGCCAGGACCGUCGCUAUGGGGACCUGACGGAGGAUCAGCUGCCGUCCUGUGAGAGCCUGAAGGACACUAUUGCCCGGGCGCUGCCCUUCUGGAACGAUGAAAUCGUGCCCCAAAUCAAGGACGGGAAGAGGGUUCUCAUCGCCGCCCACGGCAACAGUCUCAGAGGCAUUGUCAAGCACCUGGAGGGUAUGUCAGAGGAGGCCAUCAUGGAGCUCAACCUGCCUACAGGGAUCCCCAUCCUGUAUGAACUGGACAAGAACCUGAAGCCUGUAGGGCCCAUGCAGUUCCUGGGAGACGAGGAGACAGUGAAGAAGGCAAUGGAGGCUGUGGCUGCCCAGGGCAAGGCCAAGAAAUAGACACUGCGCCCCCGCGUGGUCAGGAGGCGUCGGUGUGGCUAGGACACGUUAUAAUGAUAAUAAUCACUCACACAGUGUGACAUUACAUUAUCAUGUUUACACAUAGACAGAUAUGUGUAUAUAACACACACAUACACUUCAAAUACACACAAACACACACAUCACAUUACACUAUAGGUGGAUUUGAUAAGUCUUUGCUUUCCUGCACAUUGAGAUGUCAGUAUUACACAGCCAAUAGGAAUCAGUAAUGCUGGAUUGUACGGAUCAUCAUAAUAUGAGUUGAUCAAGAUUGUUUGAGUUGACCAAAAACACAUAGGAUAGGGACCAGCUAAUAGGGUAUUUACAGUAUCCCAAAACACACAGGAUAGGGACCAGCUAAUAGAGUAUUUACAGUAUCCCAAAACACACAGGAUAGGGACCAGCUAAUAGGGUAUUUACAGUAUCCCAAAACACACAGGAUAGGGACCAGCUAAUAGGGUAUUUACAGUAUCCCAAAACACACAGGAUAGGGACCAGCUAAUAGGGUAUUUACAGUAUCCCAAAACACAUAGGAUAGGGACCAGCUAAUAGAGUAUUUACAGUAUCCAAAAACACAGAAUCAGGACCAUCAUAUAUAGUAUUUAUCUAAAUGUGGAAAAUGAUAGAAAGUGUGCUUUCUACUGCCAUGUAGUUUUGCACUGAGUGAACAUGUAUGUAAACAUUGACGAGCACGUUUGAAAAAGGAAACAUUGAAUCUCAUUGUUAUUGUUGUAUCUCUACGGCAACAGUAUGUUAUCGUGGUUCUGGUGGUUAUUGUUAAAAGGGGCAGGCGGACUUGUUCUGUACUGUACUGCUGACCAUAGAAUUAGAAUGGGUAGAAUGGGCGUCCUCAUUCAGGAGAGGUUCUAUACCCCUUCCACUCAUUCUAAUGUCAUGUUGUUGACCUGUGCUUAGUGUUCUGUGUGGAAUAAAUAAAGAUUCAUCUUAUUAUUUAUGAGCUGUCAAA